AUGUUGGCUCUCAAAGGUGUCUUUACCUUGAUCUUGGUCCUCGCUUCGUCUCAUCGAGCGUAUUCGUCCUGUGAGCCAGAGAUAUCUUAUCCAGCUCCAGUAUAUAAUUCAAAUACUCUGAAGAGCACUUUCAAAGUGAUUGAAAAUAGCCUCAAUAGGCUGAUCAAAGCUGGUGAUUACGAUGGAAGUUCCUUUUCAUUGGAGAUCUCCUCCCCGAACCAGACUCUAUACACCAAAUACCACUACGACAAGUCUCUGGGGGGAAGCCCAAUCAACAGUUCCUCGACAUAUCGGAUUGCCAGCAAUACGAAGCUUUUUACUGCGCUGGGAGUCUUGAAGCAAGAGGCUGCAGGAAAACUUGGGCUUGACGACGAGGUGAUCAAGUAUAUCCCGGAGCUUCUCAAUGGAACAAGCAAGAUAACCUGGAAGGGUAUCACAAUUCGAUCUUUGUUGGCUCACCUGAGUGGCCUCCCGGACAACUAUGGUGAUGAAGAUCUGCUCCUUAUGCUCUCCGAUCCAUCUGCAAUUGGACUCCCUCCAUUAGAUACAGAAGAGGAAAAUAAGCUGCCAAAAUGCGGUGCUUACAGCGGGUGGACAGUGGCCUGUACAGACGCAGAUCUCGACGAGAAUCUUCACAACGUGAACUCGGUGUUCCCGUCCCAAAAAGAAACCUCCUAUAGCAAUAUUGGAUUUGACCUUCUUGGCCAAGUUUUGGCGAAGGUAACCAAUAUGAAGUAUGAAGACUACAUCAAGGAGGCGAUUUUCAGACCUCUUGGCAUGCACGAGACAUCCUUCACUGUUCCUGCAACUUCAGUUGCUGCUAGCGCUGGUUCAGAUUCUGACUGGGGCGUGGACGAAGGAACCGAUAACCCGAGUGCUGGAAUCUACAGCUCCUCUUCGGAUAUGAUAAAAUUCCUUCGCUGGGUCCUCAAGAACCAUGAGAAAAUUACUCCAUCACUCAACUGGUUCCAGCCUGCAGCUUGGAAUUCUGGAUCCCACUCGCUUUUUGGGUAUCCGUGGGAGAUUUUCCGAACUACUUCAAUCUUGCCAAACACGAAACGCCCCGUCACAUUCUACACAAAGGGCGGAGGUCUCACGGACUACUAUACCUACAGCUUUAUCAUCCCACAGUACGACCUUGUGGUUUUCAUGGGCGUGGCCGGAGACUUGUCUGCAUUGAACACAGUAUUCACCGACGUUCUGAACCCGCUCGUCAUCGCAGCCGAGUAUGAAGCGCAAUCUCAGUUGAAAAAUUCAUACGGAGGAGUUUAUACUUCGACUGAAUCGACCUUGAACUCUUCGAUUACUCUCACUCAGACCCAGUCACGGUCUCUGUAUAUUUCCUCAUGGAUCUCCAACUCCACGGAUGUCCUGGCAAAUCUGAUCCCCUUUGUGUCCUCAACAGCUGGCACGAGUGGAGACAUGUAUUUCCAACUCCUUCCUACCUUUCAAACACGGCGCACGCAUGACGGUCAAAUUGGCGAAGUGUGGCGGCUCAUCAAUGUAAUUGAUGAUUCCGAAGACCCUACAAAUUCUACAACCGUCUGGAAUGACUAUUGCGUGGCAAACAUUGAUCCGUUUUCCUACGGGUCAAUUCCUCUGAACGAGCUCGUGUUCUGGAGAAAUUCCAGUGAUAACAGGUCCACGGUGGAAUCUGUGACGCUUUCGGCAUUUAAGACGGAAGGAGAUGAAGAGCUGAGUCAUAUGUAA